GAGGGAGGGACCCUCUUAGUGUCCAUGGAGACUUUUUACAACGACACGCGGAACCAGCGGCAGGACCAGAGCCAGCACCCGGUGGUCACGGCGGCAGCGGACAGCCCCGCGCACGGGAGCGACCUCAGCCUCCGCGCGCUCACCGGAUGCGUCCUGUGCAUCCUGAUCGUGUCCACGCUUCUGGGGAACGCGCUGGUGUGCGCCGCCGUCAUCAAGUUCCGCCACCUGCGCUCCAAAGUCACCAACGCCUUCGUCAUCUCUUUGGCCGUGUCCGACCUGUUCGUGGCCGUGCUCGUGAUGCCGUGGAGGGCCGUGUCCGAGGUGGCCGGCGUCUGGCUGUUCGGCCGCUUCUGCGACACGUGGGUGGCGUUCGACAUCAUGUGCUCCACGGCCUCCAUCCUCCACCUGUGCAUCAUCAGCAUGGACCGCUACUGGGCCAUCUCCAGCCCGUUCCGCUACGAGCGCAGGAUGACGCGCAGGUUCGCGUGCGUGAUGAUCGGCGUGGCGUGGACGCUGUCUGUGCUUAUCUCCUUCAUCCCCGUGCAGCUCAACUGGCACCGCGCGGGCGCGCAGAACGCCACGGACCCGGGGGACUGCAACGCGAGCCUGAACCGCACCUACGCCAUCUCCUCCUCCCUCAUCAGCUUCUACAUCCCCGUCCUCAUCAUGGUGGGCACGUACACGCGCAUCUUCCGCAUCGCGCGCACGCAGAUCCGGCGGAUCUCCUCGUUGGAGAGGGGCUGCCGCGCGGCACACCGGCGGCCCCGCGCCUCUGCGCACGAGGAGAGCUCGCUGAAGACUUCCUUCCGCCGCGAGACCAAAGUGCUGAAGACGCUGUCGGUCAUCAUGGGCGUGUUCGUGUUCUGCUGGCUGCCGUUCUUCGUGCUCAACUGCAUGGUUCCGUUCUGCCGCCUGGAGCGCCUGCGCGCGCCGCCGUGCGUCAGCGACACCACGUUCAGCGUGUUCGUGUGGUUCGGCUGGGCCAACUCGUCCCUGAACCCGGUCAUCUACGCCUUCAACGCCGACUUCCGGAAGGCCUUCUCCACCAUCCUGGGCUGCAGCCGCUACUGCGCCACCUCGGCGGUGGAGGCGGUGGACUUCAGCAACGAGCUGGCGUCCUACCACCAUGACACCACCCUGCAGAAGGAAGCGUGCGCCGCGCCGGCGGAACUCGAGCGCGACUUCGAUAAAGUUUCGGCCACUUCCGGUGAUUCCCGGAACCGCCGGAACUUGCUGCUGCCCGCCAUCCUGCGGCACGAGUGCGAGGCCGAGAUCUCUCUGGACAUGAUGCCCUUUGGACACGAUGCACCGGCAGACUGUUACGCGAUCCCGGGUCAAGUCCAGGACCUGUGAGCGACCGGGGUUGACCUUUGACCUUCUGCUUGUGACUUUAAACGAGAGGAGAGGAUUUUUUCCUGUUGUCAGAUCGUUUCAGUGUGGACGAUUUUUCCCAUCAAACAUUUGAGAGAAUGUAAAAAAACGGAUACUUAUUAUCAUCAUCAUCAUCAUCAUCAUCGUGGUCUUCAGCGGCUGCUGGGACCUGCUGUGGAGCUCAGACCUCCCGAUGGAAGGCAGGUCAUCCUAUGUUUGUCACUCUGAGCUCUGCUCUGCUCAUCCCCAAUAUUCCAACGUCUGCACGUAAAAACAGAGAUGACAGAGUUUGUCCGAGUCUUUGGACCGCCUUACCGUUUCCUGUUAACACUCUUCAUACAUUAAAGUCUUUGCUUGAGACUCA